GCAAGUUAAAAACGACCAUGUUAUUAUAUUUUUCAAAUAUUAUUUUGUCAACCGAUAAUCGAUAUUAGUAUUUAACUAUUGAAUUGUUGCUGUUUUAUAUUUUAAUAACGUUCUACACAGUAUAAUAAUUGUAAUAACCAAAAAGUGUCUAUUUCUUUAAAUCUUAAGUGAACAUGGCGUAUAAUGAUACAAAUCUUACUAUAACAACCGAAUUCACUAGCGGCCUUCAAAUUCUCUUUAACAAUGUUAAGAAGCACGAUAUCGUGUUACCAGCAACAGAAAAACAAUGGACACUCGGCUCACUUCUAUUCUGGAUAAAAAAUAAUUUGUUGGUUAACAAGGAAAAAUGUGAUUUAUUCAUGAAGGGUAAUACCGUUAGACCGGGUAUAAUCGUAGCUAUCAACGAUCAAGACUGGGAACUAUUGGGAAAUUUAGAUUAUCAAAUCAAGAACAAUGAUAACAUUACAUUUAUUUCUACAUUACAUGGAGGUUAAAAAUGUUAAAUAAAAACUAAUUAUGUAAAUCA